AUGCAAUCCUGGACUGGCGCUGGCCGCCGGGCGGGAGAACUCGCCUUAGUUAACUUGGUCUUCCCUUUAUCGGCCAUCCACCUCAGCUAUCUAGCAGACCUUCUAGGCAUCACGUGGCGCACUUGUUGCAAAAUCCACCGUGCUACUGGCUGGAUGGCCGUUGCUCUGCUGUUAUUCCACGUCGUUGUGGUGGUCCAGGCCCAGGAAUUUAGCUUUCCGCUCCGUGAAAUGCAAAACCUCUUUACUAUGAUUGCUACGAUCUCACUGGGUGUCCUUGCUCUUAUUUCAAUUUCAUGGUUUCGUCGAUGGUCCUAUGAGGUCUUUCUCCGAGGACAUCAAAUUCUAACGGGGCUCUUUGUUUACGGCACCUGGCAGCAUCUUUCAUCCCGGAACCGUUCCUCAAAACUAAUGACCUUUCUCUAUCGAAACGGGCUGUUCGCCGGCCGCGGUUCUCCCAGGGCUGUCGUCUCAUUUAGCACGAAACAAUCUAAUGAGAAAGGCACUGUGGUGACCGCCGCCCAUGUCCGUGUUAUCUUACCUCGACCUGUGAAAUUGGAGGCCGGACAGUAUAUUAACCUCUGGAUGCCAUCAGUCAGUCUAUGGGCUUGGACUCAGACACAUCCUUUCACAGUUACAUCGUGGUCCAGAGGUAGACAGGAGGCCAUGGAACUUCUCGUGCAACCACGCCGUGGUUUAUCUGCAGAUCUUAUUCGCCACUCCCCUGCGGUUGUAGAGAGCUCAGUUUCUUUCUUGGCCUUGUUCACAGGACCACAUGGAACAAGUGAGGAUGUCGGCCACUAUGAAAGUAUCUUGGUGGUCGCUAGUGGAUUUGGGAUCGCAGCCGCAAUUCCAUACUUGAAGAAAAUGAUCUACGGCUAUAACACCUGCACCUCACAGGUUCGCCGGUUACAUUUGGUUUGGCAGGUGGAAUCGAUGGGCGAGAUCGUCGCGGCCCAGGGCCUGCUAAAUAACCUCCUGAAAGAUGAUAUCAUGGAUGAAGGAUAUAUUCUUAAUAUGUCUAUUUAUGUGGGGAAGGGUCUCGGGCAAACUAAAUUACCCUUCGGCCAGCAUAAACGAGCCUGCCUCUACCAGGGUGUGCCAGAUUAUCAAAACAUUAUAUCUCUCGAGGCAUCCGGCGACCAGAUUGAAAGGCUGCCCAAUAUCCGGGACGAGCAAGGUCGGACGCUGGUGAUGGUUUCCGCCAUGGAUGAACUACGGGACCAUAUACAGGAGAUAGUACGAGGACACCUUCAUCAGGGCGUAAAUCUCUCAGAACUGGAGUAUCAACCCAGUUGCAAUGACCCUGUACACCUAACGAAACAUCAGACGUAG